ACUGCUGUCAUGCUGCCACUGAAGGAAAAAGAUAAACCCAUCAUCCAGAAGCUGCUCUCAGCUGGCUGCUGUGCCCGCUGUGUCCUCAGGUUCUGCUGCCUGAGCAACCAGGCUGCUUACCGACAGCCAUCACAGGAGAUACUAAAAGAACUUCAAGAUUUUAUUACAGAAAAGAAAAGCAGCAAAGUUCCAAAUUCUUCUACUGCUGAAAACAACAAGUCCCACGAUCUAACUGUGUCAGAAACACUUGGAGACCCACCCAGUAAAAAAUCUAAACUGGAGCCAAUUGAGACUGUUGCUGAGUCAGAAAAAAACACUGCUGCUGUGGUCAGACGGAGGACUGAGGAGUUGCAUGUUUGUGUUGUGUGUUUGGGAAUCCUUCAGGGACUAUGUGAGGCUGAACAGGCAGUAAAGAUUGCAGAGGCAGUUAAAAAGAGAAACUAUGAGUUUGACACACUGAUAUUGUCCGUCUCUCUGCCUKCCCAGCUCUAUGUCCGUGAGCACUCCUGUUGGCUCCAUGUGAAGGAAGAAGUGAGUGAGAAGAGUCUGGUGAUCACCAGGGAUGAUGUCAUCCAAGUGAAGGAGGCCUUCAAGUGGACCUUGCAGGGUUUGGUUGCAAAGGAGAUUGGGGGCAUUGCUGUGGUUAACAAAAGCUCGUUUGAGGUAGGAGUGGAGUUCACCCACCCAGAGACUGACUCUGACUGCCACUUUCUAGCUAAAUCCUGCCCUGACUGCUUCAAACCCACCAAGAACAAACAGUCUGUGUUCACUCGCAUGGCUGUUGUUAAAGCUCUGGAAAAGAUUUCUGAUGCCAAGUUCCUGGAAUACUACCCUUGUCCUCCAACUCCUCCCAGCAGCAACUGCAUCCUUCAGGAUGUUCAGUGUCUCCAUGUCUCUGUUUUUAUUGCUGGAAGAUACAAUAAGUUCUCCCGCAGUCUGCCUCAAACUCCCUGGCUGAUCGAUGGAGAGAGAAGAAUGGAGUCUUCGGUGGAGGAGCUGAUUGCAACGCCCAUCCUGUCUACAUUCAGAGCAGACGGAUUUAAUUUCUCUUCAUCGGGUAGAGAGGAUGUUGAUGUCCGAACUCUUGGAAAUGGUCGUCCUUUUGCAAUGGAGCUGCUGAAUCCUCACAGAUCCAGAUUCAGUGAAGUGGAAAUGAAGCAGCUACAAGAGACAAUAAACAAGUCCUCUGAUAAAAUUCGAGUCCAUGACCUGCAGAUUGUAAGCAGGGAAGCCAUGAGUCACAUGAAGGACGGAGAAGAGGUGAAGACCAAGUCCUAUACGGCACUCAUCUGGACCCAGAAACCCAUCCAGAGAGAAGACAUCACUUUUAUUGAUGAAAUUAAGGAUCUGACCCUGGAUCAGAAGACUCCUCUGAGGGUUUUACACCGACGGGCGCUAGCCAUCCGACAGAGAGUCAUCCACAGCAUGAACACCCGCUAUGUGGACUGUCACCACUUCUACCUGGGACUGAAGACUCAGGCUGGGACCUAUAUUAAAGAGUUUGUCCAUGGAGACUUUGGCCGAACCCAACCAAACCUGUGUCAGCUGUUGAAGACGGACACGAACAUCCUGGAGCUAGAUGUGGAGGUGGGACAAACGGAGUGUGUGUAGGCCUCGUGUAAAGACAACACAAAUCUGUAGAUGUGGACUGGCCUCCUGCCAUCCCAGAGUGAGCGCUGCCCUUUCACACUGAUUCUGGACUCGCCGUGUUCUGCAAAGCCUUCACCUUCAAGUGGAAUAGUUCUCUUAAAAUACCAUGCUAACUGUAGGCUCUAACCAUGAGGACCUGCUGGUUGGUUCUGUGUGGCCAGGUUAGAAUUAAUAUUUCUGUUGAAUCUCAGGUUAGAUGAUAAUAGCAUGAUUGCAAAAUAUUUUUGAUGAAACUUCCUUCUGUUAAGACUUUUUUUUUUUUACUGUGACAAUAAGAUAAUUUGGAGUUUAGGUUCUGUAAGUUGAGAAUUAAGGAAAUUUGUUUUCAGUGUGAUUACAGAGGAAGGAUUCUUAAAUCAGUAGAUUUGUUCUGUUUACUGGAACUGUCAGUGGUUUUUAUCACUACACCCAAAAUAGGUUUAGUAAAUGAAAAGUGUCUGAAGGACUCAAAAGUGUUUUAGUUGAUUUUUCACUCGUUUUCAGCCAGCUGUCAAAAUGAGUUUUACUUUCCACUUGAUUUCUUUAUUUCAUGUUAAUAAAAUAUGAAUAUUCAACCUGG